GGAAAAUGCGAGCUCGGAUGAUGAAGAAUUGCAAGUGGAGGAGUGUAGGGUAUGUUUCAAGUCUGGAAGGGCUGUGAUGAUUGAGUCUGAUGAUUGUCUGGGUGGGUUUCAUUUGAAGUGUUUGAAACCACCGCUAAAGGAGGUUCCAAAAGGGGAUUGGAUAUGCCAGUUUUGCGAGGCCCGGAAAUUGGGUAAGGAAGUUGUGCUUCCAAAGCCACCCAAAGGGAAGAGACGGAAGAGAAUUGCAAGGGAGAAGCUUCUUUCCAGUGAUUUAUGGGCGGCUCAUAUUGAAAAUAUGUGGAAAGAAGUGGAUGGUACUUACUGGUUUCGGGGCGAUGGUAUAUCAUUCCUGAAGAGAUUGUGUUGAUUGUAACAUUU